AUGUUACUCUUCAACGUGUUCAUUUCAAGAUCAGCUGGACCCUCUGAUGCAAGCCAUUUUCCCCCUUUCAAUCUGAAGGAUUUCUUAUAUACGCUCAACUCCCAGGUCCACAUCAACACGACAGCGCUGUUCAUGCUCGCACCUAUCACUCCGCUGAUCGCGAAUCUCUUGCGCAAAGCCUUCCCUCGUACUGCCUAUAACGUGCAAGUAUUGCCCUACUUCCGCUCAAAGUCGAUUAGAUAUGAUAAGGAUGACGUGACACUCAUCACUUGGGGAACGUACGAUAGGUUGGAUAGGUUGGUUGGCCUCGCCGCGUCGGCUCAUGGACCAGUAUCCGUCGCAUUUUACCUACCUCGCGACGAUCUGAUCGCGGCCAAUCAACUGGCCGAGCUUGUCACGCUGUAUCAGACCAACCCUUCCCUGUCUAGCCGUGUCGACAUACACCUUGUUACCGCUGAUAGACCUCUCUUACACAACACCUGGAGAAAUAUCGCUCGAACAUUCACCAGCACCGACUGGGUGCUGUUGUGGGAUAUAGACUUUGAGCCGUGUACUGAUUAUCAGAGCGCGUUCAGGCGGUUCAGACAAGCAACUGCUCGAGAUGCGUGGGUGAAGGAAUUAGAAAACGGAAGAGCUGCAUUGGUCAUACCACCGUUUGAAUGGGUUGAUGCUCCGGGAGAAGAGUUCUGUCCCAAAAGCAAACAAGAUCUCAGACACCUCUAUGACACGCUGUCAUUAGAUGCUUUUGAAACCGACAAUCCUGUACUUUCGCACGCUACAGACUACGCGCAAUUCAUGAAUGCUAGCCGAGAUGAGCCAUACAUGGUCACCGAAUAUGAGUUCCUCUACGAAAUUUAUGGUAUCUUCCGCCAGGACACAGAGGUAUGGUGUGACGAAAGAUUUGCUGGGGCUGGCUACAAUCGUGCAGCUUGCACCGCGUCCAUGUAUAUGUCAGGCAUGAACCUCUAUGUACUUCCUGAUCAAUGGGCGAUUCAUCAUCCUCAUACAGACGGAGCGUUCGAAACGAGAAGCAGCGAGGAUACAACGUUGUCGUGGAAGACCUUUUUAACCGAUAUCUGUCAUAGCUAUGCCGACAGUCUCGCUCUAAAAGGGCGUUUACACUUAGACUCCGGCAAUCGGGUCCUGUCAUUAUGCAGGAAUCGGCAAGAUCCGGCACUGAAUGCAGAUCUGGCCAGGUUGGUAGGAAUCUCGGAGACCAUUGGGGCUUGA